CUAAAUUUUUGGUGUUAGUUAUGACGAAGAUUCGUCGUAGUGUUUUACAGAAUCUAAGCUUAAUUCUGCUUGUUCUGUGAUCAACUGGAAGUGAUGCCUCAGGCUGUGACGAAACCUUUGAUUUCGGCUAGUGCACAGAUAAAAUAUACCGCUGCUUCAGUAAUUGCUAAUUAAAGUAACAAGGUUUACAACAAAGCAGCGGAUAUCCAAAACAAAAGGUGUAAUCACAGCUAUUGUAGGUGCUUUUAGCGGCUAGGUUAUUAUGCUUUGACAAAGAACUUUAAGAAACUAUGCCCAACUAUCGAUCCGAAAGGCCAUAGUUUACUUUAAAACACCGACUUAAGAGAAGACCGACUUCAAGCGGAUAAUAGAGUCAUUAAAAAUUAGAAUUACUAUGGGUAUACAUACCAAUUUGUGUUCGUUCGGUGGAACGAAUUCAAAAUGGCGCUUCUUUUCAACUUUGUCGGUACUGGUCUGCCAUCUCUGUGAUUGGUCCAACAGAGCACGUGAUAAUUUUGACUUGUAAGAAGGCGCCUUUUGCUUUAUUUACACUGUAUUCGAUCUCUGGUCUGCGACUAACUUGUUCGUUAUAUUACUCUCACAUGGAUUUUACAGAAACCUUCGAUUCRGACGCUAUAGCCUUCACAAGUACUCCCAUCAAAUCCGCUAAAGGCAAAUCUAUCAAUUUAGACUCUCUAAGUUCCGAUGAAAGUUGUCUCUCAACGCCUCCAAAGGUUCAACGAACGAUCAAUUUAAGUGACUUCGACGAAAGUGGUAGCAGCUAUGAUGUUGGCGCGAAAUCUAUAUUUUUAGACGAUAGCUCUUUCUCUGAAAACAACCAAGACUCGUCAUUCGAAUUAUUACUUCAGGGCGAUAACUCUGUCAGUAUCGUGGAAACCACAACCACCGGGAAUGAUGUAGCUGAUAAUGAUUUUACUUUAGUACAUGAUGAAAGCUCUUUGGAACAACAUGGCUUAUGUCAAGGAAAUGACGAUAAUUUUGAUCAAAGGCGAUGUGUAACUUCUAGUGAUGAAACUACAUUAAAGGCCCCCAGGGGUAUGAGUGAAGUAAAUGAUAAUGAAAGUACACACAAUCUUGAAGAAGAAGUACUGGAAAAAACACAAGACAUAAAUGAAAUACGGAGUGAAAACUGUGUUCAACAUACAUCAAGUAUUAUUAGAGAAGAAAGUACAUUGAAGAGACCUCGUGAUAUCAGGUUCAGAACAGAUGAAGAAAUUYUGUGGCUCUUAUCUGUCCCUUGCUGUAAAGAAAGAUGUCUUCACCACUUUUCAAUUUGUGACAUCCAACAGUGUGAAGUCAAUUUAAAAGAUAGGAAACAAACUGACCAGAGAAACUAUUUGCUGGAUUUUCUUCACCAACAUGGUAAACUAGAUGACUCUGGAGAAUAUUAUGAAGUUGAGUUUGUUUUCAAGGGAAAGCAUGUCUGUCGUGAAGCAUGGCUGCUAGCACACAACGUUUCGAAAAGUUCUUUCAGAAGAGUUAUGGCUAAGUUUAAGGAAGGUGCAGUACAGGUGGAACAUGGAAAUAAAGGAAGAAGAACAGUUAGGGACAAAACAGGGCAAUGUAUUGCAUGGCUUGAAUAUUUCUUCAAAACCAUUGGUGACUUUCAACCCACCAGUAAUGCAAUACAUUUACCAUCUUGCUUCAGUAAGAUUGACAUCUAUAGGAAAAUGUUUGAAGAAAAUACUGCUUUCAACCAGCCUACUUUGUCUCUGUCACACUUCUAUAAAAUAUGGGAGAAGCACUUCAACCAUGUGACCAUUCCAAAGGAAAAUCGCUUCACUAAAUGCACUGAAUGCACCAGA